AGCAUGUCGACGGUGGUGGACCUGGACGCGCUGCGGGCGUCCGUGACGCGCCAGGGCGCGCAGGUGCGCGAGCUGAAGCAGAAGGGCGCGGCGGCCGAGGCAGUCAAGGCCGCCGUGGACGAGCUCAAGAAGCUCAAGCUGGAGCUGGAGACGCAGACGGCGCUGCAGGGCCCCGCCGAGGACGGGCUGAGCAAGAGCGACAAGAAGGCGCUGGACGACCUGCUGCUGCGCAAGAUGUUCGUGGUGCCGAGCUUCGAGAUCUACGGCGGCGUGGGCGGCUUCUACGACUUCGGCCCGCCGGCCUGCGCGCUCAAGAGCAACCUGCUGCAGUUCUGGCGCCGCCACUUCGUGUUCGCGGACAAGCUGCUGGAGGUCGAGUGCACCAACCUCAUGCCCGAGGUGGUGCUCAAGACGUCGGGCCACGUGGACCGCUUCACGGACCUCAUGGUCAAGUGCACCAAGUCGGGCGAGUGCUACCGCGCCGACAAGCUGCUCGAGGACCACGUCGAGAACUUCCUGGACAAGCACUCGGACCUGAGCCAGGAGGAGCGCGAGAAGCACGAGAUGCACGCCACCAUGGCCGAGUCGUACUCGCCCGAGGAGAUCCACGAGGUCUUCCAGCAGUACGGCAUCAAGGCGCCCGGCACGGGCGCGGACCUGAGCUUCCCCAUCCCGUUCAACCUCAUGUUCAAGUGCGCCAUCGGCCCCGAGGGCGGCCUCACGGGCUACCUGCGCCCCGAGACGGCCCAGGGCAUCUUCCUCAACUUCCGCCGCCUGCUCGAGUACAACGCCGGCAAGGUGCCCUUCGGCUGCGCGCAGAUCGGCAGCGCCUUCCGUAACGAGAUCUCGCCCCGCGCCGGCCUCCUGCGCGUGCGCGAGUUCCAGCAGGCCGAGAUCGAGUUCUUUGUGAACCCCAAGGACAAGAGCCACGCCAAGUUCUCGACCGUCAAGGACCUGGAGCUGCCCCUGCUGACCAAGACGAACCAGCUCACACACGGCAAGGCCGUCCAGAUGACGUGCGGCGCCGCCGUGGAGCAGGGCAUCAUCGCCAACGAGAGCCUGGCGUACUACCUCGCGCGUACGUACAAGUUCUGCAAGGCCAUUGGCAUCGACCUGGAACGCCUGCGUUUCCGCCAGCACCUGAACACGGAAAUGGCCCACUACGCCACGGACUGCUGGGACCUCGAGAUCAAGCUGAGCUCCGGCUGGGUCGAGUGCGCCGGCCACGCCGACCGCUCGUGCUACGACCUGACGGUGCACGCCAAGAAGAGCAAGGUGGAGAUGGUGGGCACGCACAAGUUCGACAAGCCCGAGAAGCGCCAGAUUGUGGAGAUCAAGCCCAACAAGGGCAAGAUGGGCCGCACCUUCAAGGCCGACGUGGCCACGAUCCUCGAGGCGCUCGAGACGCUGAAGGACGACGUGCCGCGCGCGCAGGCUUUCGAGGACGAGCUGGCGUCCAAGGGCGAGGCGACGCUCGGCCCGCUGUGCGACGGCAAGCAGUUCACGCUGCAGCGCGACAUGGUGGCCAUCAAGGUGGUGGAGAAGAUGGUGAGCGAGGAGAAGUUCGUUCCCUCGGUGAUCGAGCCCUCUUUCGGCAUUGGCCGCCUGCUCACGGCCGUCUUCGAGCACAACUUCUCGACCCGCGAGGGCGACGAGAAGCGCGGCGUGAUGUCGUUCUCGCCCCUGAUCGCGCCCAUCAAGGUGUCGGUGCUGCCGCUGAGCAACAACCCGGCGUUCGAGCCGUUCGCCGCCGAGCUGGAGCACGUGUUCGUGGAGGAGGGCCUGGAGUGCAAGGUGGACACGUCGAGCGUGGCCAUCGGCCGCAAGUACGCGCGCGCGGACGAACUGGGCAUCCCGUUCGGCGUCACGAUCGACUUCGACACGGUCAAGGACCGCGUGGUGACGCUGCGCGAGCGUGACUCGACGGCGCAGGUGCGGAUCCCCAUGGACGCGAUCGGCGCCGAGGUGAACAAGCUGGUCAAGGGCAAGGCCACCUGGGAGCAGAUCCUCGAGCGUUACCCGAAGGUCACCGCUGCUGCCGAGUAGGUAGGUUGUUCACGCAACCGAAUAGAUGCAGCAGCAGCAGCAACGGACGAAUGAAUGCGCACGGGGUAGCCCACUAGUGAUCGUAAUGCAUUUGCUUUCACGUGA